ACCAUGUCUAACCCAAUUGUUACCAUCGAACAGGGAAAACUUCUCGGCAAAAUUUGUAGGAAUAUCAGUGGUGAAGAAUUUUAUAGUUACCAAGGGAUUCCUUACGCACAAGCCCCCAUAGGAACUUUGCGUUUCAAAGCACCACAACCACCCAAACCCUGGAAAGGCAUUCGUGAUGCCCUAAAUGAGGGAAAUAAAUGCUACAGCAAAGACCUGCUUUUCAAUCUCCCAGCUCAAGGUUCAGAGGAUUGCUUAUUUUUAAACAUUUAUACUCCCAAAAACGAUAAAAAUUUGAAACCUGUGAUGGUUUGGAUCCAUGGUGGUGGAUUUAAAACUGGAUCAAGUAACACUGAUUUGCACGGACCGGAGUAUUUAAUGACUGAAGAUGUUGUUUUGGUCACUCUUAAUUAUCGACUAGGAAUUUUGGGUUUUUUACGAUUUGAAGAUCAGUCUUUAGGUAUUCCCGGAAAUGCUGGUUUGAAAGACAUGGUAAUGGCAUUGAAGUGGGUGCAAAAAAAUAUAAAACAUUUUUCGGGGGAUCCCGGCAAUGUGACAAUUUUUGGUGAAAGUGCUGGGGGGGCUGCUGUCCAUUAUCUCGUUUUGUCACCGUUAGCCAAAGGACUGUUUCAUAGGGCUAUAGCCCAGAGUGGGUGUGCUUUAAAUGGAUUUGCCAGAGGAAUUCGUGAUACUUCAAAACAGUUAGCUUCAGCUUUAGGAAUGGAAACAAUAAACGAAAAAGAGAUUUUGGAGCGUCUGUCGACUUUACCAGUUGAUGAACUUUUGGAAAUUUCAGAAAAAAUAGCAAAUAUAUGGGGUUUGAAAAAAGUGUAUGCUCCAGUCCUUGAGGAUCCUUGCGAAGGAGCAUUUAUAACAGAUGAACCAAUCAAGAUCAUCAAAUCUGGACAUUAUAAUCAUCUUCCCAUGAUUUUUGGGUACACAACUCGAGAAGGAAUGAUUGUUGAAAUGAUGAGGAAAAAUGAAAAGCCAGGCAUGCCGAAUGAUUUUGAAGAAUUUGUACACCCAUCAUUAGCCGAACGUGGGUCCAAUAUUUCAAAAAACAUAGCCAAAAAAAUUAAAGAUUUUUAUUACGGAGAACCAAAUUCGGAAAAUAAUUUAGACAAUUUUUACUUGAUUCACACCGACACAUAUUUCUUGAGAGACAUAAUUUUUGCAAUUCGUCAACAUGCAGUCACGGCACAAUUUCCAAUUUAUUAUUAUCGGAUGUCCAUAGAAACAAAAUUGAACGUAUUUAAAAGAAUUGGAAAUAUCAGUGCUCCUGGAGUGUGUCAUGGAGAUGACAUUGGCUAUUUAUUCAAAACAAAAUUAUCUCCUGAAUUAAAAGUUGGAAGUUUGGAAGAAAUAUCAAUGAAGCGGUUUGUGAAAAUCUGGACAAAUUUUGCCAAAAGUGGAAAUCCAAAUUCAAAUAAUUCAGAAUGGAAACCCAUCAACAAGGAAGAAAUUAAUUUUAUUGAUAUCGGAAAGAGUAUAACAGCUAAUAUUAAUCCAGAACAUGAACGUAUGAACUUUUGGGCUAAUAUUUAUAACAUGAAUCCACUGUACGCAUUUUCAUUUAUUUCAGAGAUGGGGCAACCUGUUGUUAAAGUAUCAACCGGAAAACUGUGUGGUAAAGUAGGAAAAAAUUUUAAUAACGAAGCUUUCUUCUGUUUCCAUGGAAUACCAUAUGCUAAACCGCCAAUAGGUCCGCUCAGAUUCAAGGCACCACAACCGGCAGAACCUUGGUCAGGAAUCCGCGAUGCCACACAAGACGGGACUCCAUGCAUUUCUAGACACCCUGUAUUAAAAAGUUUGAUCGGCUCUGAAGACUGUCUAACACUCAAUAUUUACACUCGUGAUUUACCCAAAGAAGGGAGUAAUUUUUUGAAGCCAGUAAUGGUAUGGAUUCACGGUGGUGGCUUUACUUCCGGUUCCGGAAGCUCGGAAAUAUACGGACCUGAAUUCAUAAUGACUGAAGAUGUAGUUCUAGUCACAAUCAAUUACAGAAUUGGUAUUAUAGGUUUUCUCAGUCUAGAAGAUCCAGAUUUGGAUGUGCCAGGCAAUGCCGGGCUUAAAGACAUGGUAAUGGCCUUAAAAUGGGUGCAGGAAAACAUUGUACACUUUUGUGGCGACCCCAAUAAUGUAACAAUAUUCGGGGAAAGUGCCGGAGCUGCUGCUUCACAUUACCUUAUUUUAUCCCCAAUGGCCAAAGGCCUUUUCCAUAAGGCAAUUUUGCAAAGUGGUUGCGCUUUGAAUAUUUGGGCAAAAAGUCGGAGAUAUACAACAGAGUUGGGGCAAGUUUUAGGCAUACAAACAACAGACGAAAGGAAGAUUUUAACAGUUUUACAAAAACUUUCAAUCGAGGAGUUGUAUUUAGCUGCAGAAAAAAUUCAUGAUCCAUUUAUUGCCUGUCUAGUCAGGCCACAUGGGCCAGUCAUUGAAAAGAAAUCAGAAGGUGCUUUUUUGUGCGAAGAUCCGAUUGAUUUACUGAAAUCCGGGAGGUACAAUCAUGUACCAAUAAUGAUAGGUUACACCACUAGAGAAGGGAUUUUGUCUGAAGUUUUACAAAGACCUAAACCUUUUAAACCAAUAACUGAUUUUGAGCUUGCUGUUCCUAAUUUUUUGAAGCUUCAAAGGGGUUCAGAUAUUUCAAAAUUAGUAGCUAAAAAUAUUAAAGAAUUUUAUUAUGGAAAUGAAGAACCUACUGAUAAAAACAAGGACAAAUUUUAUUUACUCGAGACUGAUAAUUUUUUCCUGAGAGAAAUAUGGCAAACUGUCAAGUACCAUAACAAGACAUCUUCAGUUCCUAUUUAUUUCUAUAGAAUGUCGAUUGAGACUAGUCUAAAUAUGUUCAAAAAUCUUUUCUCAAUAACUGAGCCAGGUGUUUCGCAUGCUGACGAUUUGGGUUACUUGUUUACAAAUUUGUUGACUCCUGAUAUAGAAGAAGGGAGUGACGAAGACAUUGCUGUGAAAAGAUUUGUUACACUUUGGACGAAUUUUGCAAAGUAUGGUGACCCCAAUCCGAAAGAAAAAAAUUCCCUUAUUAACGUAAAAUGGAAACCUGUGACCCAAAACGAAAUGAACUUUUUGGAUAUUGGGACAAAACUGACCACUGGAGUUGAUCCAGAUUCUGACAGAAUGGCUUUUUGGCAGAGAAUUUUAAAAAUUAAUCCUAACAAUAAAUUGUAAUACAUUAACUGUUUUUUUCAAUAAAGUACAUGAGACAAA